AUGUCAGGCCUUGAAGGAGGCAAAAAGAAGCCCCUGAAACAGUUCAAGCAGCAGGCCAAGGAGAUGGACGAGGAAGACAAGGCUCUCAAGCAGAAACAAAAAGAGGAGCCGAAGAAACUCGAGGAGCUAAAAGCCAAGGCUGAGGGGAAGGGACCCCUGGCCAUAGGUGGAAUUAAGAAAUACGGCAAAAAGUAAGCUGUUCCUCAUAUCUGAGAUGAUGGUGACCCUCUUCCAUUCCCAUUUAAACAUCUGGAUCCCCUGCCAUAACAUC